GAUCCCUGCUUGUCAGAACCAUGGUGAGAUCGCAGAGAAGGCAGUGAACGGGAGAGAGACCUAACGUAUAUCUCCAACCCUCAACAGCGCUGAGACGGAGACACUUCACCCGUGAGGAGGUUCUGUCGUGGACAUCUCAGUAAAACAAAUGUUAACUUUCGGAUAAUAUCGCCUGCUAGACUGCCUAGCGUUCCUGGGAGCUGGCUUUCAGCUGACUUACUGGCGUUCUGCGGUGGAAAUAGCACAAAAAAAUGUCGUCUCCGAGUCCGGGUAAAAGGCGAAUGGAUACUGAUGUGGUGAAACUCAUCGAGAGCAAGCAUGAAGUCACCAUCCUCAGUGGACUCAAUGAAUUUGUAGUGAAGUUUUAUGGACCACAAGGAACGCCAUACGAGGGAGGAGUGUGGAAAGUGCGAGUAGAUCUUCCUGAUAAAUACCCAUUCAAAUCGCCAUCAAUAGGAUUCAUGAACAAGAUAUUUCAUCCCAACAUUGAUGAAGCGUCAGGAACGGUGUGCUUAGAUGUCAUCAAUCAGACAUGGACAGCUCUUUACGAUCUGACCAACAUCUUUGAAUCGUUCCUGCCCCAACUGCUGGCUUACCCAAACCCCAUCGACCCCCUUAACGGAGAUGCAGCUGCGAUGUACCUUCAUCGGCCAGAGGAGUACAAACAGAAAAUCAAAGAGUACAUUCAGAAAUAUGCAACAGAGGAAGCUCUAAAGGAGCAGGAGGAAGGGACCGGUGACUCUUCAUCUGAAAGCUCCAUGUCUGAUUUCUCAGAAGACGAAGCCCAGGACAUGGAGUUGUAGUAAUAAAAGGGUUCCCGCCCAAUCACUCCCUUCCUUCAACCCCCACAGAGACUAUAUUUGAUUUCCUAACCGCGAGAAAGCAGACUUAUAAUAUUCAUAUUUAAAGAAGUUGAUUUUUUUUUUUUAUUAUUCUUACUACUAAACAAGGAUUUUUAUGAAUAUAUAGCCUUUGGUUUGUUUUGACAGAAGCCCCUUCCUCUCUGUAGUUCUUCUCCCCGAUGGCGUUCACAAUCUAUGCUGCAUUUGUCCGAUAUUGUACAUUUUCCCCAAGCCUUCAAAUUCUCCCUGCUAAUUUGCCGUUUCCAAGCAGUUUGGCCAGCUUGCCAAAGUGCUCCCAUCUAUUUCAGACAGUAUUUAUAAAGCAGGACUUGAUAACUUGGAGACAAAAGCUGGCUUUGCUUGCAAAUUUUAAACAAACCCAAUCUGCAGUUCUCCCUGUCCCUCUCUGCUUUGCUGGUAGCUCUGCUUCCAGGUCACUCGUACUUUCUGACUGCUGUCGAGGCUGAAGCAAAUGUGGCGAAACGCUUAUUUUAUUCAGGUUACCAAACUCUAUUUUAAGACGCACAGGUCCAAUAGACUCUCAUGAAUAACUGCAGAGUGUUUGCUAAGCAUAUCUUUGGUAACAUGUUAAUGAAGAACAGUCUGGAAUAACAAGGUUUCUUUCAGUUUUAGGUGCUGUGUUGGAUGUUACAUAUUUUUUGUAUUAGUUUUUGACCUUCUUGGUGUAAAAAAAACAGCAGAUCUUGGAAAACAAAUGGAUGCAUGUCUCAUUACAGGAAGACAUGGGUUGCUUUGGGUAAUUGAUUUCAGCUUACAUCUUAUUUGGUAAAAAUUAGACUACAGUCUUUCUGUAAUCUGAAUCUUGCUUUUGUUCUGUUUUAUUUUUCUAGAAUAAAAUGAUCAUUAUAAGUCAGAAAGCAGGUUGUCCCCCUUUGCAAAUGAAAACUAGCAUCAAAGUGAGUUUUAAACUGCAAAGUUGUUCUGGUUGACAUGAGUGAAAAAAGAAGAGUGCCCUUUGUUCCUUGGUUUGUGUGUUUGCUCCAUACAGGUUAGUCCGUCUCACAUUCCGCUGCUGCUAUCCGUACCCUCCGUAAUCGGUCUGACCUGUGCUGUGUAACCCGACGAGAGGCAUUCUGGAUCUGGUUGCAGAUGGAAUAAGACAUUUGAGAAUUAUUUUACGCAGACAAUUGGCAUUCCUCAACCUGAUAGAAAAGAUAUUUGUCUAGUUGGUAAAGAACAUUAAAACGAGUGAAAUUUGGUUCAAUUCUAUUCCAAAACAUUGAUAUUUAGUCAAAUAUUUAUGAUUUAUCAUAUGUCAACCCCCCUUCUGUGCCUCAUUACUGCAUCAAGGAAUUCAGUGGCAAAACCAUGUCCCUAAGAAGCCAUGGAAGUCUAGGAUUAUUCUUGUAUUCUAGAAAAGCACAUUCUUUUAACUUUUUUUUUCUUGGUGCAAUUCAAUUUUGAUGUCUUUGAGCUGACAAAAAAUGAUUUAGAAGUGACCCAGGUUUAUCAUAGCUGAUGUUUGAAGUACAGUUACCUUCUGUUCUGCAUCGUGGUUAACCAUAUUUCACCUAGGACGUAUAAAAAAAAAAAGUAGCCAUUGUUGAGCUUUGUUUUCGCUACAACAGGAUAGAUAGAUUUGUAGUUUGGUAAACCUUCCUGAUAAUAAGACAUUCUUUAUUCAUCUGAUUUUUCACGCUCAUAUGACCAUAUAGACGAACCCACUCGAGCUUGUACAGUUGAGUGUGAGCGAUUUCAAACUAGGCAAAUUUUAUUUUAAGCUAUAGUGAUUGUGAUGGGUUUAACUUGUACAGAAAGCAGAAAUGUGGCUCCGAUCUUUUUUUCUAUCAGACUGUUUUUUCCACUGUUUUGUGCUCUUAAACGUCAACACAUUUGGAUGCAGAGACAUGACUUUGUUUUGUAUUGUUUUCAGUUUGUAACAGAGGAUUUACAUCUGCAGCUCUGUGGAGCUUUUGGCAAAAGUGUUCAGUUUCAAGAUGUUCCAUGUGUCCAGGUUACAUACGGCUCUUCACCCUUACAAAGAGAAAAAACUUUUUUCACUUUUUUUUUUAUUUAAAAACUGACUCGUCCUGACUACAUGUUAAAUUUGUUUUUUUGUUUUGUUUUUUUAAUAACCCAGGGUAAACAUGAAUCAAUACGGAGAUUAAAAUCCUCCUUUUCCUUUGAUUAUCUCUCCGUUUGGAUCUGCAGGUCAAAUCUCUUAAUUAAAUGCAUCAAAAUUAAGAAGAACUUCAAAUACAUCAUUGCUCUUCAUUUGAGUUCAUUAAAAUACCGAUAUAACAUCGAAGGGACACCUUCGUACCGAUAAUCCUGCAAUUCUUUAGCUCUGUGUCCGCUAUAAAACAAUUUACACAUUUUUUCCCCCUUUUGCAUGUUAUUGUCUUCAGGGGGAAACUAUAACUUUGUCCAAAUUGUCUUUGGAAACCAAUACUGGCUGGAGUUGUAAUGCUUGAGUGCUGCAGUUGCUGUGUAAAACCAACUAUGAUGCAAAGCAUUAAAGGAAGUUUCUCUUGCUUUAUCCAAAUAAGAGACGGAUCACUUCUUUUUUCCUUCCUUUUUGCAUCAGCUGAGCAUUAAGGCUUCUAGUUCUCCGACAUUGAUUUCCAUCUUGGAGCGUCUUGGUGUAGUUUGCCUAACUCCCACUCUUUUUUUCUACUUAAACUAUAGAAAGAUGUUCUGAAAUUGCUCAUUCUGGCUCAAGUUAAACAGACUUUAAAACUUUAAUCUCUUCUAUGACCUUGAACUCGCAGAUUCUAUUUUAAGGGCUGUUAAAUAAUGACUUUUUUAGUGCAAACAGAUUCUCAAAAGACAAACCUCAUAAUUUUGACCAUAAACCUGCAGAUCAGAAAAAAGGUGCUCACCUGCACAUCCUGCUGGAUAAAAAGGACGAGGAGCUCAAAGCCAAACAUUGAAAGCCCUGUUUUCUAUUAGCACACCCGAUUCCAUCCACACAGAAACUACAGCCUCUCUCCUUCCACUGUGUUGACUGUUUUAUCUAGGAGUUGCAUGCUUCUCAGUGCACACCUUCACUCAAUUGUUGGUGCUUGUAUGGAUUUGUUACCCUUUCCAGGCACUCCUACUCCAUCAUCAGGUCCUUCUAUCAAGCACACUCAGCGUUGAACAUGUAAGUUUAAAAAAAACAACAACAAACUGAUGUAUUUGGUACCUUUUGUGUGAUACUUGCAGGAUUCAAAAAGUCAAAGGUUUUAUUUUUUGAUGUUUUUUUUUUUUUUCCAAGAGGUUUAUUUUGGUCUUAAUUUGAUAAUCUUAUUUUCCCUUCCCCCCCAUUGUGAAGUGAGCAUGCUUGUCAAAAAAGACAACUGCUCUCUGUUAACAGGCUUAUAAUCUCAUAGUUGUGUAUAAAAUAAACUGUUAUAACUUCUUUUUUAAUAAAACAUUCAAUAUGUA